AUGUCGGAGCUGAACACCAGGCGCAUCGUUCUGAUGGACCAGGUGUCAGCUGACGUCAUCAGGGAGGCCGGCUACGUUCUUCACUCGGGGCUCGACACCAGCCACUUCAAGCUCCUGGAGACGGGGAAGGAGCGUGAGCAUGAAGAGGCUGGGGUGGAGCCCGGCGCGGACGGGGGGAGGGGGACUCGGUGGCCAAUGAGGCUGCGGGCGCCGCGGGGGCGGCGACGGGGAGGCCCCGGAGCGGGACGCGCCGCCUGGCGCUCCUGCGGAGGUGGCUCGGGACCGGUCAGAGGCGGGGGAAGUGGUGCUAGUCGGGGAGAGUUUCGCCGGGCUGCGCUGGACCCGAGAGUCGUCACCGAUCCUAUCGGUGACGGGCUCGGAGGACCUGCGCGGUCUGGAGGAACUCUACCUGGAGGGCACCACUUCGCCCAUGUCCUGCGACAACACGGUCCAGGAGGCGGCCGCUGA